AUGAGUACGGAUCUCGAUGGUCCCCACAGUCUGCCUUAUUACGACGAAGCAGCGAAUUCUGGCGACUCGUCACCAAUGCCUGAAGUUCAUGGUCCUGAGGAAAAUCAAUGUUGCUUACAAGCUGCUGCUGAGACGCUCCGAAAAGAGAUCGCCUCUCCUCGCCCUUCCUCUGUGGACCUACCUCUUCAGGACAGCCCUGACUCUUCCACCAGUCCCAAACUGAAGCUCACUGGUCCUGAGUCUGAAGAGGACACCGAGAAGGGAGACAACAAAGUCCACACCAAGAAGCAGAAGAUGCGGACCGUGUUCUCUCAGGCGCAGCUGUAUGCACUCAGGGACAGGUUUCAGAGGCAAAGGUACCUCAACCUCCAGCAGAUGCAAGAACUCUCUGCCAUUCUCAACCUUAGCUAUAAGCAGGUUAAGACCUGGUUCCAAAACCAAAGAAUGAAAUAUAAGCGAUGGCAGAAAAACCAGUGGCUGAAGACCAGCAGCGACGUGACUCAGAAGGGCUCUGCAUUUGUGGCGUAUCCCAGCCUCCAUUCCAGCUAUCCCCAGGGCUGUCUGAACACAUCUGGAAGCCUUUCAGUGUUGGACAGCCAGACUUGGACCAAUGCUUGGAGCAACCAGACCUUGACCAACCCAAACUGGAGUAACCAGACCCAGACCAACUCAACUUGGAGCAACCAGCCCUGGACCAACCCAAUUUGCAGCAACCAGCCCUGGAGCACUCAGCCUUGGUGUUCUCAAGCCUGGAAUAGUCAGGCUUGGAACACUCCUUUCCAUAACUUUGGAGAGGACUCUCUGCAGCCUUACAUGCAGUAUCCGCAAAACUUCUCUGCCAGUGAUGUGGAGGCAAGUUUGGAAGCCACUGGGGAAAGCCACAUGUAUUUUAGCACCCCACAAGGCUUUUAA